GAGAGCAAAUGGCCGCCAUGCGAACGGUGAAGUAGUAUCCCACACAGAGCUUCCCUCAGCACACCACAAGUGGUCAGCUGGAGGCGAAAUGAUGCGCAGGGUGGCAGGGUGCCACCGUACCGCGGGCUGUCGGCGCCGGACACUGGCAUAGGGGGCAGCCCCCCUCCCUGGAACUCUGCGGGAAGCAGGUGCGACGGUGCUGGUGCUGGUACUGCUGGAGGUGGAGAGAUUAGCGGACCUCGGUGGCUCCUGGUCCCCCUCCAGCGCUCCCAUGCUACUGUAGGACCGAUCCUAGCACGAGUGGACUUUAACUCGCCUUUUGUGCUUGAAGACAGAGAAACGCGGGACAGUUUUACACGUGUGCCGCGGACAUGACUGCGCGGAUCGAGUCGCGAUGAUAAUUAUGACUAUUAUAAGAAAACCGAAAUGAUAUCAAACCCUCGGCUGCGGAAAGGGACCACCAGGCACGCCUGCGUUUCAUCCGAAACACUAUAUCUGAGUCUCCUCGUCUUGGGUAUCACAUUUAACCUAAAAUACUAGUAUCGCUUCAUUUGAAAGACGACAUUUCUGCGUCUUUUUCAUUGUAAAUAGUAUAUUAUUUUUCAUUUCAGAAACUGCAUUUGCAACAUUUUAUAUAAAAUGUGAUAUGUCAGGACUGCUAGUCGCCAGACUGUAGGGCACAUCAAAUGAAAAUUUAAAAAUCCAAAUAACCAGAGAGAUAAUAGCACGGCUAUACGCUAUAGGAGGCGCGAUCUGAAGGGGGGAGGAUACUUCUCGGAUAGGAGUUUAAAUACUCUGCAGUAGAAACUGCUGCGGAAGCGUCUUCUGUUGGCAAAUGACGGCGCUGAAAAGCUGCAUUUUUUACAUCUCGAAAAGGGAUAAGACCAGAGAAGACCGCCUUGUUUUAGUAGAAGGGACAGCAGCAAUAAGUUAGAGGAUAGAAUACACUCAUCCACAUACACACGCAGUGACGGGGGCGCAGAGGAGUUCACGCUGGGAGCGCUGGGACUGGUCGGACUCCGGCGGGUAUCCCCAUCACAACGGAGCCAUUCAACCUAAAUGAGACAGCAGCGCAUGCACGCUCGGCUCCCGACAAUAUUGUGCGCGGAUGACCGUAUCGCCGGGGCUUUCCGACAAUUAAUGUAUGGCUUCACAUCCUAUCGCGGGGAUCCGUGAGAGGAAGAGGAAGGGUGUCAGCUUUUCAAGCAGGACCAGAGGAGAUGCUGGAGGCUCCACAGCUGCUGGGAGAUAUUAUGUGGAGAGGAGGAAAGGGGAGACGAGGGCUGCAGCGCACUUCCCAGUGCCCCCCGGCCGGCGGCCCCUCUCCCGUACCGUGCUCCAGCAGCUGGAGGGGUGACCAUGACAGGAGCAGAGCGUCCCUGCCCCCGCCUCCUGCCCCCGCCUCCUGCCGCACGCCUCCCUCUGUCCCGUGCCUGAGGAUGCAGUGCUCAUAGGCUUCAACACUCUGGCUCUUCCAGCUCUUUCUCCCACUGCAGCUAUGAAAUGCUUUCUGGGAACUGGGGUUUGUGGUUUUGAGACGCAGUGAAAACACCGCCCCCCCAACCACCACCACCCAAAACUCACCCCCUCCCCCACCCCCCCGUGAUGUUUUUGCAGUAACUGUAGUUCAGACGGUAACUUGGACUGAUACAAACGUGAAAAUACGCUUGGAAACAUAACCUGACCGCCAAACUCCCAUUAACCUCAGACCAAGGACAAGUUAGGAGGACAGCCAGCUUUUGCUCUUCUCCAGCCUUCGCUGUACGAUUCUUCUCCCCCCCACUUCUUAGUGGGGGGGGGGGAAACUAAGGACUCGCCGCCCGGGCAAUCCUGGCCCACGGCUGCAGUGACUUGGAGCUGAGGUCCUGACCAUGGAAACGGGCCAGGGCAGCCCAGAGAGCCCAAACCGGGCAGUGGAGUACCUGCUGGAACUCAACAACAUCAUCGAGAGCCAGCAGAAGCUCCUAGAGACACAGAGGCGCCGCAUUGAGGAGCUGGAGGUCCAGCUGGACCGCGUCAACCAGGAGAACAAGGACUUGCGGCUGGACCGCCGGCCACGCAUGCCCGACGUCUCUGGCUCCGCCCAGCCUGGCUCCGACGCCGCCCUCCCCACCAACUCGCACGGUGACUCCGCCCCGCCUCCGCCCCUGCCUGCGCGGGAGCGGCGUGGCCACGCCCGGCUCACUCGCGGCCUCUCCUGUGGCUCCGCCCCAGUGGAGCGGGGGAGGCCAAACCGACCCGACUGCUCCGGCGCCGGUCAUGCCAAGACUCUCCAGAGACAGUUGUCCUCUAAUUCCACCCCUUGCAAUCUAACUGCCACCAAAGCUUCUGCCACUACUGCUUCCUCCCUACUUCACCCCAAUCUGACAGCUAACAGCCACUGCAGGCAUCAUCACUGCAGCCACUCCAGGCCCCGUCUGUCCAGGUCGGCCCGCAGCCCCCCCUCUGCCAAGCACACGGAGCAGGCAAGAGAAGAGGAAGAUGAUGACAUCGUCCAUCAGUUGUGUUGCCCCACCUUCAAGUGCAGUAGUCCCUCCUCUAGCGUGGACACAGAGCCUCAGCGCACGGAGUCGGGCAGCUUCUCGGACAGCGCGUGCAGCCAGGCGGCAUACCCGCGCAGCUCAGAGCGUCGCGGCGAUGCCCCCCGGGGCCCUACCGUAGCCGCCACAAGCCCUGUCAGUCUGGCCUGGUCCCAGCGGACGCGCCACCAACCUGCCAGCCUGGCACUGCGCAAGCAGGAGGAGGAAGAGAACAAGCGGUGCAAGACGUUGUCCGACAGCUAUGAGCUAUCCACGGACCUCCAGGACAAGAAGGUGGAGAUGCUGGAGCGGAAGUAUGGCGGGUACUUCCUGAGCCGCCGGGCUGCACGCACCAUCCAGACGGCCUUCCGCCAGUAUCGCAUGAACAAGAACUUCGAGCGGCUGCGCAGCUCCGCCUCUGAGAGUCGCAUGACACGCCGCAUCAUCCUGUCCAACAUGCGCAUGCAAUAUUCCUUUGACGAGCGGCAGCCAGUGACACAGCAGCAGCACUACCCCCACGGUGCUGGCCCGCCGUCACCUCCCCAGCAUGGCCGGUCCCGCUCCCCCCCUACUGGCCCGGAGCGGGACAGUGGUUCCCCGCCCCGUCUGCAGGGGAAUCGGUCUGGGGAGUACACACACCUAGAUGACUCCUUCAACAAACAGGUGAAGUCCCUGGCAGACUCCAUCGACGACACCCUCACCUGCCGGCCGGGACGAGAUGACUCACAGGAGGGCAGCAGGGAAGGCGAGGGAAUAGGCGGGGUGGAGGGUGACGAUUUUGGGGAAUGCGUGUGGAGCAACAGCAGCAACCCUUUGUCUCGCCGGGGACACAGUGAGCGGGAGCGGGGUGGUGGCGGGGGCCUGAGCAUGCACGAGGACAGCACAGCCACCUCCUACAGCGACGUCACGCUGUACAUGGACGACGGGCUGCCGUCGUCCCCGCUCUCGCUGGACAGGGCCCCCAGCAGCACCGACACCGAGUACUGGGGCAUGGGUGGCGGCGUGGGCAUCCGCGAGGACAGCCGUGAUACCGAGGGCGGCGGCAGCAGCAACAGCCGGCGGAGCACCCCCUGCACGGAGUGCCGCGACUACCGGCUGCGUGGGGCUCACCUGCCCCUGCUCACCAUCGAGCCGCCCAGUGACAGCUCAGUGGACAUGAGCGACCGCUCCGACCGCGGCUCCCUUGGCCGGCAACUUGUCUACGAACAGGAGCCCAGCGGCUCUCCCCAAGGUACCCUCAAGCAUGGCACCAGCGCUCGCUCCAUGGUAGCCGCCCAGGGUCAGACGCGUGCUGCUGGCAGACCCCACCCCUCCAUCCCCUCUCAGGUGCCCCAUCACCCACACCACCACCACCACCACCACCCACACCACCAUCACCAGUACCCAGAUACACCAUCCUCAUCCUCCUCCCCUCAGCAGCCGCCUGCCACGCCCCUCUCCUCCUCCUCCUCCGCUCCCGUCCCGGCCGGCAGCCUGGAGCAACCGUGCUGCUCAGACGGCGACAAUGACUCGCUCAACUCCACCACCAACUCCAAUGAGACCAUCAACUGCAGCUCAGGCUCAUCGUCCCGUGACAGUCUGCGGGAGCCGCUGCCCCCGCUGGGCAAGCAGACCUACCAGCGGGAAAGCCGCCACAGCUGGGAUUCGCCAGCCUUUGACAACGACGUGGUUCAGAGGAGGCAGUACCGUAUCGGCCUCAACCUCUUCAACAAGAAACCAGAGAAGGGCAUUCAGUACCUGAUAGAGCGAGGCUUUGUGUCGGACACCCCAGUGGGCAUCGCCCGCUUCAUCUUGGAGAGGAAGGGCUUGAGUCGGCAGAUGAUCGGGGAGUUCCUGGGAAACCGACAGAAGCAGUUCAACAAAGAUGUGCUGGACUGUGUGGUGGAUGAGAUGGACUUUUCAGGCAUGGACCUGGACGACGCACUCAGAAAGUUCCAGGCUCAGAUUAGAGUCCAGGGGGAGGCCCAGAAGGUCGAGCGACUUGUGGAGGCUUUUAGUCAAAGGUAUUGCGUGUGUAACCCAGCAGUGGUCCGCCAGUUUCAGAACCCAGAUACAAUCUUCAUCCUGGCCUUUGCCAUCAUCCUCCUCAAUACGGACAUGUACAGCCCCAACGUGAAGCCAGAGAGGAAGAUGAAACUUGAGGACUUUAUUAAGAACUUGCGAGGGGUUGACAAUGGGCAGGACAUCCCCAGAGACCUUCUCGUGGGCAUCUACCAGCGCAUCCAAAAGUGGGAGCUGAGGACCAACGAUGACCACGUGUCCCAAGUGCAGGCCGUGGAGAGACUCAUCGUGGGCAAGAAGCCGGUGCUGUCACUGCCCCACCGCAGGUUGGUCUGCUGCUGCCAGCUGUAUGAGGUGCCUGACCCCAACCGUCCCCAGAGGACUGGAGUGCACCAGCGAGAGGUCUUCCUCUUCAACGACCUGCUGGUGGUAACAAAGAUCUUCCAGAAGAAGAAGAAUUCUGUGACCUACAGCUUCAGGCAGUCCUUUGCACUUGUGGAGAUGCAGGUCCACAUGUUUCAGAACUCCUAUUACCCUCAUGGCAUCCGCCUCACAUCCGCCAUCCCAGGAGGGGAGAGGAAAGUCUUGAUCGUCUUCACGGCCCCCAGCCAGCAAGAUCGCACACGCUUCACCACUGACCUGAGAGAGAGCGUUGCAGAAGUGCAAGAGAUGGAGAAGUACAGAGUGGAGUCGGAGCUGGAGAAGCAGAAGGGUGUGAUGAGGCCCAGCCUUCUGACAGGCGGUGUUCUGGCUGGAGGAGGCACUGUAGGCGGAGGUGUGAAGAGCGAGGUGGUGAACGGCAGCCUGGGAAGGCCCAGCCUGGAUGACACCUACUCCACUGGAGAGGGACUCAAGCGAACCGCACUCAGCUCGUCGCUGAGGGACCUGUCCGAGACAGGGAAGCGGGGCCGCAGAAACAGCGUCGGCUCCCUGGACAGUACCAUCGAAGGAUCCAUUAUUAGCAGCCCUCGGCCGCACCAGCGCCUCCCCAUGGCCACGAUGGUGUCGGGCUGCUAUGGCCUCGAAGAUUACCGGUCUCACCGCCCCAUCCUGAGCCCCGGGUCGGGGGUGGGGGGUGGGCCGGGGCAACAACACAACGCUGCUGGGACAGUGGGCACGGGAGGGGGUGGACCAGUCUCCAGCAGUGUCGAGAAAGGCGGGAUGGGGAAUGCGACUGGGGGGGGCAGUGGCUCCUUUCUGGGCUCCCUGUUCGGCAGCAAACGCGGCAAGGCCCCGGGCCCCAUUAUCCCACCGGGGCCACACUACCCCGCCCCUGUACCCCCCCCCACCAGCGGGGGCCCCCCCCCUCUCUCCCCUUCAUCUCUAUGCCAGUCGGAUGGGGGGCCCUCCAAGAUCCAGGCCCUGCACGCCCAAUACUGCCACACGGGCGCUGGGCAGCCCCCGCCCCCAUACCAGCACCACCACCGCUACAGCGUGCAGACCGUGCCCCUGCCCAGCCAGGCAGCUUCCGCACCGGUGGCCAACCACCACACGCUGCAGCGGGGGUCCCUCCCCCGGCGGCCGCCUCCCGCACCCUCCCACGCCCCGCCACCGCCGGUAUCCCAGCAUGCCAUGCAGGGCCGCUAUACCGGCAUGGCCCUGGCAGGGGGCUGCCCUGUGCCUCUUUCACCUCACUCCCUGCACUCGCCCCUGCCCCCGUACACGCUGUACCACGCGCAGCAUACACCCUCAGUCAGGGGCGGCGCCCCCCCUGGCAAGCCCCCCCUGACGCUGGCCCAUUCGCAGCCGCACACUCACUCGCACGUGCACCCAGGCCACGCCCCGCACCCCAGUUCCCACCCCGUGCCUCCACCUCACUUCGUCUUCGGCGCACCAGCCCAACCUCCUCCAGGUCCCAUCACUGCCCGUCUUCUGCCGCAGGGCGCCCAGUAUCUGCCCCAGUAUCCUCCUCUGUCCUCCAUCCCCCCUCCCCCCCCCCCCCCCCCCCCCCCCCCCCCCCCCCCUUUCCCCCCCCCUUCCUCCCCCCUUACCCCUCUUACGCCUCACUCCCCUCGCCCCCCCCAGCACCCUGGCCAGCCACAGCAGGCAGCUGGUCCACAGGGGGGUCAGGGGGCCGCGGCCCAGGGCAGCGGCACCGGUACCGGGGGGAGCUCCAAAUCCAAGCCCGUCAAUCGGAUCAGCACCGUGGUCUGAGGGACUCGCUGGUCUGGGGGCGGGGGACCCCAGGCGGGACGCUGAGGGCCAACAGCGGCGACAGGGCUGUCGUGGACCAGGGAGGCGGAGCCAGCAGGAAAAAGCGCAGUUUUCUUCGCCUCUGCUACUUUCACCUGCGUUUCCCACACAUGUAGAGGGCAGAGAGCCCUGGCGACACGCACGCGCUACCCCUCACCCCGAUCACUCACCACAGGGCUGAGCUGCGGGCACGACUGGCACACACGGAAGGGGAUGUAGCUCGUUAUUAGGGGCCGGGCACUACGGUGGUGCAUGCAUGUCGCCCCGACGCCUGGGCGCUCCCCAAAAGCAUAGCAGGAUGGAGAUCUGCACAGGGACGCAGACAGAUUUUCUUCCACCUUGUUGCCAAAUUGGAGCCUGAGGAAGAAAAGUUCUGUCUGAUUCCCUGUUCGUCCGAAGAGAUAAGGGGGAGACACCCAGAUGCCUCGAUGUAGAAGCAAACUGACAGGCGGCCUUGUGCUUGCACAUUUAAUAACUCUGCUAACCUGUUUGUGAAUGAAUGUGGCAGAUACAAGACACAUACAAUGCCUAGACGCUCACUGACACAUGCACACAGCAAGCCGUCCCCGCAGGUGAGGCAGACUCCCUCGUCAGGCAGACUGCAGAUGCCACCAGUACCAAGAAAGGCGGAGCAUCUUGGAGACUCGUACUGAGCUGGACAGGUCCCAUCCAACUAAACAGGAUUUGGUGGACAGGGAGAGCAGACCACUUAGAGGGGACAGACCGGCAGGGGAGGCAACACGCUGGCUGUGAAGUGUAGGAGCCAAGGACUGAAUAACAACAGUUCUCUUAUUAAGAGGAUAGUAAGUCAGUGAACGUCAACUUCAAGCAUUGACUCUGGUAGUAUUAUAACCAUUAGUAAAUGCAAAUCUAUAAUCUCCAACUGUGCCAUUUCAUUAGUGCAGGAGUGGUGAACGCUAGCAAUGGGCCAGAUUUAAUCAGCCAUCUUUUAAGCCAUGCUUCAAGCUGGGUAAAGUCUCCUAGCGGAGUUGCUGUUUCAAAAGGCCUGAGGUGCUGCUGGACUCCUUCAGCGGAGUACAGCUUGCUCUGGCCUGGGAUGCAGCCCGGCCAUAGAGGAACAGUGCUUUGACAUUGACAAUGUGGGGUCUCCACAUUUCCCGAUGUGGCUCAGAAGGACGUGGGAGACAGACACACAGACAGUAGAUCGAACACAUCUGGCUGAACUGUGUUUAACAGAACAGCCAACAUAUUUCUGGGGAAAUAUCUUUUGCUUGUAAAUCAAUGUUAAAUUGACAAUAGAUUACUGAAGAAUUUUGACUAACCUUUCCUAUGUUCUUAAUGAUUUAAAUGAGUGAAAUUGACAGCAUUAGUUUUACUGUAUCUCUGACUAUUGGAUUUUAUUCAAAACCUGAUGACAUGUAACAGGCGUGAAGGAUCUUUGUUACAUUGAUGAUGGCGAUGAUAAUGGCAUUUAUAAAUAGUUUAAUCUGUUACUAAUAAUUCUUCAUUUUGCUUUGAAGUGACUGUACUGUUUUUUCGGUUUAUUUACUUUAUCUUAUUUAGAGCUGCCGGUGACAGUGUGUGUUGGGGCAGGGUGGCGUCGAACGCAAGACUAUUAGCAGGAAACACAUUUUUCAAACACUUACAGUAGCUGCAUUCAUAAUGAGGCUCAUGUAAUUCAUCCCCUCCUCAACUUUGGACCUGACCACACAUGGAGCCCCAACCUUUCCCAGCAUCCCGAUCACCUCCAACCAUCACACUCCAUGCAGCUUCACACAUAUCUGAAGCGUUCACCUUCAAAAUAUCCUCUAAAGAGUACGGUCAGGUACACUCAAAGCACAAGUGAUGUACUGCUCUCCUCCCUGUGAAAUAUACUAGUCUAUCAGAGCACAGGUAUACUGGACUAAAUUGGAAAAUUCAUUCAUGCUGCACAUCUCACAACCUUCCUCCAUUCUGUUCAUGAGCGGGGAGUACGUUUGGAUUAUAUGCAAGAGAAGCAGACAAUAGGAAGUAGGUUAUUGAAGAGUACCAGUAAACAGAAGUAGUCAAAAAGUAGGUCUUUGAGUAUGUGGAUACUGGGGAGGUUGGUCAGUGUUGUCUCUUUGUUAUUCCCUUAUUGCAUGAGUAUUUCCUACCAAAUGAAUCUUUAUUGACCUGAAUGUACAUAUUAUAUAAUAGCAAUUCUAAAUAUUGACUAUGGAAUGGACUGUAACCUGUUUCUGUAGUACAGGUAUGUGUGUGUGGGAGAGUGAGCAGGGACUGCAGGACAAAGGGACCAUUUCACUGGAGGGAGGGACACCGGAUUCUGAUUGUGAAGUUGUGUGUGUGUGUAUGUAUGCGUGCGUUAGAGCAGUUAUUCAUAUUUUAAAUGCAAGAGCUAUUAUGGAAUAUUAUUUGUGUAUAUAUAGUUUUGGUUGAACAAAUUACAGAUAAAUGAAGUGUGAAUAUUUAUUGCUUCUGAGAUUAUAAAAAAUGUCAUUGCGGUGAAAA